UGGGACCGGGUUGCCCCGCGCCUCGUCCGGCGCCCGGGACCCGGGAGAACCCGAAGGUCCCGAGAAGCGGAGCCAGAGCUGGGCAGCCCGAGGCUCGCCUUGAUUCCCGGAAGGAGCGCCUCCGGCGGCGGGCCCGGGGGGGCGGGGGGCGGCUGUAAGUGUGGGUGGGAGGGGUAGCUGCCCCCUGCCCCUGGUUUAGUGACUUUUGCUUUGUUUUCAGCCCCUGGGAAUAAGCCGGAACUGUAUGAGGUAUGACAACAUGGCAGAGUUGUUUGCUGUGGUGAAGACAAUGCAAGCCCUGGAGAAGGCCUACAUCAAGGACUGUGUGACCCCCAAUGAGUACACAGCAGCCUGUUCCAGACUCCUAGUUCAGUACAAAGCUGCCUUCAAGCAGGUGCAAGGCUCAGAAAUCAAUUCCAUCGAUGAGUUCUGCCGAAAGUUCAGACUUGAUUGUCCACUAGCCAUGGAAAGGAUCAAGGAAGACCGACCAAUCACCAUCAAGGAUGAUAAGGGUAACCUCAACCGAUGCAUUGCUGACAUUGUCUCACUCUUUAUCACUGUGAUGGAUAAACUCCGUCUGGAAAUACGUGCCAUGGAUGAGAUCCAGCCUGAUCUUCGAGAGUUAAUGGAGACCAUGAACCGCAUGAGCCACUUGCCUCCUGACUUUGAGGGUAGACAGAAAGUCAGCCAAUGGCUACAGACCUUGAGUGGCAUGUCAGCUGCAGACGAGCUGGAUGAUUCUCAGGUCCGACAGAUGCUGUUUGAUCUGGAGUCUGCCUACAAUGCCUUCAACCGCUUUCUGCACGCCUAAACCCAGAGCUCUUGGUCCAUCCCACUCAGCUAUAGUUUGAGACCCAGGGCUAGGACCAUGGUUUACAGGGCUAGGAUCCCUGAAUUUUGGGGGAGGACUCUAGAAUAAACUGCUCAUUUCCCCCCUUUCUUCCAGCUUGGUGGGGUAGGGGUUGGGAGGGACCUGUCUCAGGGUUACAGGAGAAUGCUUUUCUUUCACCACUUCCUCAAGAAGGAUUGUAAGUGGUGACCUAGGAUCGAUCUACACCGGAGCAUUCUGCUUGGGCUGACCCCAGCCCUUAUAACCCAGGGUGCAUUAACACAAUCACUCCAGCUCCCUGGUGGUGUAUGAGCCAAGUCAGCAGGGGCUCUUGGUUUCCUUGGAGCGUGUUUUCCUCUCCUCUUUCCUGCUUUCCGAGUCCACAUCUACCCCUGGCCAUUUUCAUCUCUGUUCCUUGGAAGAGGUGGAGAAUGGAUGUGGGGCUAAGUAGGUAGUGUCCUGGCUUAUCCCACUGGUCUCCCAAAAUAAAGACUGUGCCCUAUAA